AUGGCUUCAGGUUGGCCCGCGCCCAGGAGACGGCCAGGCACGUCACUCGGUCCGUGGAACCCGUCGUCGCCCCCGCCGCUGCUGGAAGAAGCGGUGAAGCCAUCGAGACGGUCGACGUUUUCGCGUGGUCGGGUGAGCCAGCGGACCACGAGGCAGACGGUGCAGCCGCACGUUGAACUCGAAGUCGAAGCGAUCGCGGAACAGCACGAGCGGGAGAAGCGCCGGAGCUUUUUGGCCUUUAUGUUGGGCCCCGAGAGUGCGUUACGGACGCUGCGGUCCGUGUCGGACGCCACGUCGCCUGCGCCGACGCUGGUGCAGCGCGAGAAAGCGUUUCGCUUGGUCCGUCAUGGCUCGGACCCGAUGCUGAACGACGCGUUCUACGCCACGCAAGUGCAAGUGGGAAACUUUGUCAAAAUGGGCUGGCUCACGAAACAAGGGCAUUUGUGGAAGAGCUGGAAAACGCGGUUCUUUGUGCUGUUUUCGGACGGCACGUUUGCCUACUACAAGAACAGAGGACGGAAGAAGAUUAAAGGGUGCAUGCAAUUGAACGACGGGGUCGUGUCCGUCCAACACGUGGACAUUCGCGUGGCCGAGAAGGCCUAUGUCUUUCAGAUCGAGAAGGGGUUUUACAAACUCUUGUGUUACUGCAGCAGUCAAUUUGAAGCCGAAAUCUGGGUAUCUGCGUUGCGGUCCGUGCGACGAGUAGCACCGCCGUGCUUUGAAAUGGACUUGACGGCCACGGAGGAGAAAGCAGGGUCGAAUGCCGUGACGAGACACAUGAACAAGAUCUUUGUCACGGAUGAGCACAUUGCCAAUCGUUUGAUUGAGUUUAAGGAACGCGAAAACGACCACUCGUAUGUAGCCAUUCACAAUUUCAUUGUUGAACUGGACGAUGCAAUCAUCGAUCGUCAUCAUUUGGAGUUGUAUCGAGACCCGGAGAUUAUAUUGUUACCUGGAAACGAGCUUGUGCGGCUCAUUCGUCGGCAUGUAGAAGACCGCGUAUUUGUUCCGUUGUAUGCAGAUGCGUACGCAAGCCUGGAGAGUUGUAAGGUGAAGUCAAGACGCAGAAACGUGGAACGGAAUCGCAAGGUGCUGAAGCAAAAGACGCAAGCAGAUUUUGGCAUAGCAAAGGAUCUGUCAGUUUGCAAAUGGGACCAAGCUAUUGGUGCGAUCAAUCUGCUCGAUUGUGUGUCGCUCCCAACGCACAAGUUUGAAGUCAUUUUGUCUGCUGGAAAAGUCAUCACAGAACUGAUUGCCAAGUACAACGACGAGCAUUUCGAAGUAUCCGAUGAGACAUUGACGGCAGUUUUUCGGUACGUUGUCACAAUGUCAUCACUGAGUGACCUGCCAAUUCUCCGAGUGCUGCUGAAGCAUGGGUACAAGCAGCAUCCAGCAUGUCAGAACAAGGCGAACAUCGUCAGAGCUUUCCUCGAUGCAGCUAAAUGGGUGGAGUGUUUCGAACCUAGCGAUGAGAGCUACCGGUUUGACUCCCUGGGGCUUGCUGGGUCUCGCGUCUCGGUAUCCAUUUCGACCAACGACAUUGGCAUCCAGUUCACAACAGAUGGCAACGGUCGGGGGGCUGUUGUAUACAGUGUCCGAAAGCUGUCCCAAGCAGCGCUGAGCUCUUCGAUUGUGGCUGGGCUUUCGCUGAUCGCAAUCAAUCACGAACCGGUGAUUGGGAUGCCAUUCGACAAAAUCGUCCAGCAAGUGCGCACUGCAGCUCUUCCAAAGCAGCUGACCUUUAUGACAGAGUUUUACUACUACCAAUUGCUAUCGCUGGACGCCGACAUGUUUCGAUAUCUGAUGUGUAUCGCAGGUCGUCGAGGAGACUUGGACUCGGCCAUAUGGCUGCAGUCGCCUGCAAUGGAGCUCAAUUCGCUAUGUUCGUGGGAAAAGUCAAGAGGAAAGCAGGUAUUCGGUUUUGUUCCGGUAUCUGGAAAGGGAUCACCUCUUCAUGCAGCGGUGCACAACGGACAGCUACAUAUGGUCAACUAUCUUAUUUCAAAAGGAGCUGAUGUUAAUUUGUGCGAUCAUAAAGGAAGAAGACCACUGCACGUCGUAAAGAAGUCUGCUGAAAUGGCGCUGAUUAUUGAGAGCCUCGUUAAUAUGGGGGCUGAAAUCGACGCGAUGGACAAACAUGGCCUUACUCCAUUGAUGUCCAUGUGCGCAAGGGCGUCGCUCGAAGGGUCUGCAACGCUGCUAGAUCUCGGAGCUAAUGUGCACUGCGUAGCGUGGUCGAAUGGGUUUUCGGCGCUGGAAUUUGCAGUGAACAGUGAAUGCACAGAUCUGGUAGCCUUGUGUUUGUCAAAGGGAUCGAAUCCGAAUGCACCAACGCUGGAUGGAAAUACCAGUCUGCAUUUAGCUGCCGCUCUCUCGCACGCUGAUAUCAUCAUCGAGUUACUACAGAGUGGUGCGAAUCUCGAUGCUCGAAACCGGUACGGCCAGACUCCAGCAACAGUACUGCUUGCAUCAGAUCUCGGCGGCCAUGGCGUCGCUCCAGUCACGUGCCUUGGAACUGUGGCACACGAUGGAUGCCAUAGAAACACGCACGAUGUCCCUAGUUUUCGGGGUCGGUUACCAAAAGCUUGCUCGGAGCAUUGUCUGGAUGACGAUGCUGACUUCAAUAGCUCGGACAGUGCAUUGUCGGACAGGGUUCCUGGUGGUCAUUACCACACGAACCAGGCUACAGGAUGUAUGAGAUCGCAAUUGCCCGACGAUGUGUGGAAGAUUACGGGAAAGAACAAUCUUGUGUCGCGAUCCAUGCGUUCGAAAUCUGUCGACAACAUGGUUUGCGAUUUGGUGUUAGGAGCAGAUGUGGACUUGGUGGAUUACGUGGCAUUUGUGCUAUUUCUCGAUAGUUUUUCAAGUCUGAACAAACUGGUAGAGCUGUUAAGCGACUACGUCCGCGAUGGUGUCAAGAGUCACGGAUUCAUCCGUCUUAUCAUCUUGAUGAUGCUGUUCAGGCUGUCAAACACGGAAGAAGCUGAUGAUGAUGUUUGGGACCGUUUGUCCAGUCUCUUUGGUCACAACGUUGACGUCUCGAAGAAGAAACUGGUAGCUUUGGUGGGAGACUAUCUCUCGCUCUACCGAGAAUAUUUUCAUCUUCGAGGGGCCGGAAAUUAUGCUGUGAGCUACGAAUCGAUUCCCGAAAUGAUGACCAAGCUCUACGGACAAGAUGCAGGCGUUGGACCUGUAGAUUGCAAGUCUUUCCCGGGUUAUUUGCACCGGUACAUCGAUGCAGAACAGUGGGCCGUGGAGUGCACACUUUUGACACAUGCAGUCUUUUGCAAGAUCCCAGUACAAGAUUUUAUUUGCACAGGAUCAAAGAUCGAGCAAUGCGUUGAGUUUGCAGUCAUCAAGCGGUGGUUUCAACACCUGUCUGCAUAUGUGAUCAAUGCCGUUUUGGUCCAAGACACACCUGCAGAACGCGCCGCAGUGAUUUCGUUCUACCUCAAGGCUGCCAAUUACUGUUUGUCUCUGCACAACUACGAUACGUUAGCUUCGAUCUUGUACGCGCUGCAGUCUACAGCAGUGCAGCGUCUUCGGAAGACGAUCGACUGUCUAAGCGUCCAAGCGAAGAAGAUGAUGAACGAGAUGCAACUGCUCUCGGACAAGGGUUGCCGUGAGAUGAAUCAGCUUAUGAGAAACACAGCUAACCCGUGUAUGCCUUACAUCGGGUUGUACCUCCAGGGCUUUGUCGGACUGAACGAGCUGCCUACAUUUGGCAGCGAUGGCUUGGUGAAUGGGAAUCGGCUGCGACGAACGGGCGAGCUGGCAAUGGAGAUAUUGCACCGCCAGUCGGUUGCUUAUGCGCUUCCGACUAGUGAAAAGAUUGGCAAAUUACUGCAUGUCACAAUGCCGUAUGCUUCCGAGGAGUCCCGUUAUGCGAGAUCCCUGGAGCUAGAGCCGCGCGAAGCCGAUGCGAUACCGUUGAGCGAUUCCGGUUCGUGUGCUGUUAUCGAUGAUGACCUGGACCUUGCCAACGAGGUCCGUGGUUCCAUUGGUAGUGACGGGACAUUCGGGUUCCGCCAGUGGAUUCGUAAGCAGCAAGUGGUCCAUCGAUAUCGCUCACGCUCAUCGCUGAUUGCAUUGUAUGAGUGGGUCUAG